AUGGGUGAAAUUAAAAAAAUUACAGUUAAAAAUCCAAUCGUUGAAAUGGACGGUGAUGAAAUGACCCGUAUCAUUUGGCAAUUCAUUAAAGAUAAAUUGAUCUUGCCUUAUUUGGACAUUGAUUUGAAAUACUACGAUUUGGGUAUUGAAUACAGAGAUAAAACUGAUGAUAAAGUCACUACUGAUGCUGCUGAAGCUAUCUUGAAAUACGGUGUUGGUGUCAAAUGUGCUACCAUUACCCCAGAUGAAGCCAGAGUUAAAGAAUUCAACUUGAAGAAAAUGUGGCUUUCACCAAAUGGUACUUUGAGAAAUAUUCUUGGAGGUACUGUUUUCAGAGAACCAAUUGUCAUUGACAACAUUCCAAGAAUUGUCCCAACUUGGGAAAAACCAAUCAUCAUUGGUAGACACGCCUUUGGUGAUCAAUAUAAAGCUACUGAUAUCGUAGUCCCAACUGCCGGUGACUUGAAAUUGGUUUUCAAACCAAAGGAUGGUGGUGAAAUCCAAGAAUACCCAGUUUACCAAUUCGAUGGUCCAGGUGUUGCCUUAAGUAUGUACAACACUGACGCUUCCAUCACCGAUUUCGCAGAAAGUUCUUUCCAAUUGGCCAUUGAACGUAAAUUGAACUUGUUCUCAUCCACCAAAAAUACCAUCUUGAAGAAAUACGAUGGUAAAUUCAAAGACAUAUUUGAAGGCUUGUAUGCUAGUAAAUACAAGGCUAAAAUGGACGAAUUAGGCAUCUGGUACGAACACAGAUUGAUUGAUGAUAUGGUUGCUCAAAUGUUGAAAUCCAAAGGUGGUUACAUCAUUGCCAUGAAGAACUACGAUGGUGAUGUUCAAUCAGAUAUUGUUGCUCAAGGUUUCGGUUCUUUGGGUUUGAUGACCUCUGUUUUGGUUACUCCGGAUGGUAAAGCUUUCGAAGCCGAAGCCGCUCACGGUACUGUUACCAGACAUUACAGACAACACCAACAAGGUAAAGAAACCUCUACUAAUUCCAUUGCAUCUAUCUACGCUUGGACUAGAGGUUUGAUCCAAAGAGGUAAAUUAGAUAAUACUCCGGAAGUUGUUAAAUUUGCUGAAGAUUUGGAAAGAGCUAUUAUUGAAACCGUGUCCAAAGACAACAUCAUGACCAAAGAUUUGGCCUUGACUCAAGGAAAGACCGAUAGAUCAUCUUAUGUUACCACUGAAGAAUUUAUCGAUGCUGUUGCCAAUAGAUUGAACAAAAACUUGGGUUACUAA